AUGUGGUUCAAGUCAACAUGGACAUAUCUUCUUUACGGAUUGUUGUUCGGACAAAAGGUCUCUGCGAUUGAUCUUCAGAUCGACGACGAACAGUCAGUCAAGGAUGCUGCGUCACAGUCCAUCUACGGAAUCAUGACUUGGUACAAGGGCAACGAAACGGGUCAGAUUCCAGGCGGUUUCCCUGACAAGUGGUGGGAAGGUGCAGCUCUAUUUCUCGCGCUGCUCAAUUAUUGGCAUUUCACGGGCGACGAUACCUAUAACGAUGAAUUGAGUGUUGGCUUGCAAUUUCAAGGUGGACCGAACGGCGACUAUUGGACUAGCAACUACAGCUCAUUUUUGGGCAACGAUGAUCAAAUGUUCUGGGGUCUUGCAGCAAUCCAAGCGGCCGAAUCGAAGCUUCCAGAUGUCUCGGAUGGGCAUUCCUGGCUCUCCCUUGCGCAGGGUGUCUUUAAUGACCAAAAGAACCGAUGGGAUACGACAAAGUGCGGCGGUGGGCUACGCUGGCAGGCCUUUGUCUACCAAAGUGGAUAUACAAUGAAGAACUCCGUGUCAAAUGGCGGAUUCUUCCAGCUGGCAGCGCGUCUUUACCGAUAUACCGGAGAUGCUAUAUAUAAAGAAUGGGCAGAAAAAGUCUGGGACUGGUCGGCUAGCUCUAUACUUAUGAACAACAAGACCUGGGUUGUUCAAGACUCGGCCAAUAUGGAUGACGACUGCACGACACCCGGCAGAAUCCAGUGGACCUAUAAUUAUGGUGUUUAUUUAGGUGGAGCCGCUUAUAUGUACAACAAGACCAGCGACGACAAAUGGCUUACCGCUGUCAAUGGUCUCCUAAAGACAUCAUUGCAGGACUUCUUCCCGUCGAAGUUCGGUGGUGUCAUGCAGGAGGUAACUUGUGAGCCCUCGGAACAAUGUAACAACAACGAAGUGUUGUUCAAGGGUCUGUUCUCCUGGUGGCUUGCAUACACCGCGCUUUUGGUUCCGACGACCUAUGAUACGAUUUUACCGAAAUUGGAGACAUCUGUUCAAGCGGCGGCAAAGUCCUGUUCCGGACUCGGCAACAAUACCUGUGGUGUUCGCUGGUACAUGUCCAAAUAUGAUGGCAUGAACGGAAUGGAACAACAGAUUGCCGCCAGCAAUAUCUUCAGCUCAUACCUGGUCAAGUACGAGCAUAGUGGCAACGGACCUGUGACCUCUACCACCGGAGGAGACAGUAAAAGUAACCCCAAUGCUGGCGCAGAGAGUAACACCGACAAGAACAAAGCCAAGCCAGUCACAUCAGGAGAUAAAGCCGGAGCGGGAAUCUUGACUGUGAUAAUGGUGGCUUCAUGGGCAGGAUUGAUAGCCUUUGUGCUCAUUGGCGGGUGA